AUGGAGUCUCCUACGCAAAACGCCACCGCCCCUCAAGCAUGCGGGGCGUGUAAAAAACACAAGCGGAAAUGCGACAAAUUGCUGCCUCAGUGCAGCCUUUGCAUCCGCACCUGCCGCACCUGUGACUAUAACGAUGCUCCCAGACCCCCUCCAACGGCGGCCGAGUUCGCCGCUCUCCAAGGAAGACUGGCGGAACUGGAGCACCGGGUGCGCAGUACUUCCUUGCCCUCGGACUCUAUGUCCGCUACCCUCAGUGUCUCUGGGAACAGUACGCUUCCCGCUGAAUAUAUCGCAACGAAAGGGCCUAGCCAGGGACCAGCCGACUUCCCGUCGGCUUUGUUCUUGGAUUUUGACUGCUACCGAUGGUCGAAUAUGCAACUGCCAAGACCGGAUGUUGGCAUUCCGACGGAAGUACUGGGAAUCCUCAGCCAGGAAAACACUGUGCUAGAAAUUUCAGCCCUUUACUUUGGCACAAUUCAUCGCUGGCUGCCUAUAGUCUCAAAAAAGCGCAUGGAGCUUGGCAUCUCGUUGCAGAACAGCGGACCAGACCUCGCCAUGCUUUUCCUCGCAAUGAAACUGAACAUUUCCCUUCCAACGGCUGGAACUAACUCACUGUAUUCAAUUUCAAAAAGCUUUUUGGCGACGCUGGAAGCAGGUGGUCUGGUAUCCCUUGUCUAUCUGCAAGCCAUGAUCCUAGUCGCCGUCUACGAAUACAGCCACUCCAUCUAUCCGGCCGCAUGGAUGACUGUGGGAGCAUGCGCCCGACUCGCUGAUCUCCUUGGGCUGUCAUCGGGUACGGACUCGAUGAAAGUUAUGAGUCGCGCGACGACAUGGACGGAGGUGGAAGAAAAACGACGGGUUUGGUGGGCCAUAUAUAUCCUAGAUCGGGUUAUAUCCCUCGGCAGUCGCAGGAGAUUCUGUUUUCCUGAGCCGAUGGAUGGCCAUGUCCUUCCUGCCAGCGAUGAAGCUUGGGAUUCGGGCGAUGUGACAAACAUUAUCCAGCACUCAAGCACAACCCCUUUAUCAACCCAAACAUCGCCAUUUGCUCGGCUCUGUCAAUCCGCUAUGUUCAUCAGCCGCGCCGCGGCAUUCCGCAAUAGUUCCCAGACGGCGCCCCUGAACCAUAUAAGUGCACGUACUAGCCUGACCGAGGAACUUUGCAUCUACAGUUCGAUCCUCACCGACGAAAUUAUCUCCUCCUCCUUGGAUGGCUACUUUCGCCUGCUCGCGCCCCGCUGCCUGACGUGGUCCGCCCUUUUCAUGCUGCUUGAUAACUACUGCUGCCCUGAGAAGCUCAGCGACGAACCGGGUUUCACCCCGUCCGGCGAAGUCAAGGGAACGGAGGAACUCGCUACACAGCUACAGGCCACGCUCGUCGUGCGAAGUAUCAGCGACCAGGCGCAUGAGCAGACAAAGACCCUCAUGGACAUUUUAUUUGGCCCGGCUUCAAGUAUGGAUAGUAUGAAUACAAUAGGGAGUUUGAGUCCGCUCUCGCUAGACGCGCUGUAUUGCUCCAUGGUCACAUUCCAGUGGAUCUAUCGUGAGGGGGGAGAGGAGCUGGCCAAGUCUCAACUAGAGGAUAUGGAGGCUUGGAUGCGGAGAUUGAGUGAGCGGUGGAGGCUUGCCUCUGAGUAUCUGACUCUCUCCGAGAUCUACCGUACUGUUGAAACCUCCUAA